UGUGUGUGCGCAGAUGAGCAGUGUUCUCCUCAGGUCAGUGAUCGUCUCACCUAUCUGGAGCAGCGAGUGCAGAUGCAGGAGGACGAGAUCCAGCUGCUGAAGAUGGCCAUCGCAGACGUGCUGAAGAGACUCAACAUCUCAGAGGAGCACACACACGGCAGAGCUGCAGACUCAGCAGUGCGUCCAGUGUCUCUCUCUCUGACCCCGAGAGCAUCAGUAUCGUCUCUGAGGAAGAGCUCCAGCUCCACACUGCCCUCCUCAGCCUCAUCCAGGAACUACAGCCCAUCCACAACAGCAGCAAAGAGAACUGCUGCUGGAUCCUCCAGAGAGCCCCCGAACAGUAAAGCUAAGAGCAGCAGCAGCAGGAAACCACCGGAGAGCAAACCAAAGGAAGGAGGUGCAGCGGCUGCAGGGGUGAGGCGUGUCGCUCACUGCAGAGAUUUUCCUGAGGCCUCAGUGCAGAAGAAGGACUGGAUCAGCUGAGCUCUCCUCCUGUCCGGUCCUCAAGAGCCCCCUCAGAUCCCCCAGUCAGUACUUCCAGAUCUGCUACUGACUGAUGAGGAGCGUUCCUUAGUUCUGGAGGAUGAAGAGUGCCUGACUCUGGGGCAGGACUACAUCAGAUCCGAUCCAUCACGAGUGUGUGUGUGUGUGUGUUUUCUGCUGUGUUGUACUUUAGAAGCUCCAGCAUCAGGUGACUAUUACCUGGGACAGGGGCACUGCUGGGAGGGAAGUGAGGACGAUUCUAAGGGCCCAUACAUUUAGGGGGCCACCAGAGACACCCCCCCCCCACCUAAGUCUAGUGGCCGUAUUGGAUAACAGGACAGGAUUUAUAUGUCCUCAUUAAAGUAGUGAAUAGUGGAUUAAUAUG